AAAUGGCGCAUGUUUUGAAAAUGGACAAGUCAGAACUCGUUUAUUUACAAAUUUUGGCAUGCAUGGACCUGCAUUUUAUGUGACACAGUUCCUAAGGAAAACAGUAUGUCAGACGAGGACAGAAAAGAUUAGAACGAUUUCCUGUCUUGUCUGCAGUUGUACAUGAUGAAGAUGUAGAUUUUACUUGAACAUGAUAACAUUUUCUGUGGAUUAAUGCAUUGGAUUGAAGCACCAACAAUUUCUAUGCAGCCUUAAUUGCAAUUUUCCAUGGUGAACAAUGGUUGACAGAAUACACCGGAUUAAUGAAAAUCUUCAGGGUACCACCAGAAACUUGCGUUCCUUGGACCACAUGCUAGAUGACUAUCGUGAUGUCACUAGAGACCAGCGCAGUGCAGUUGAUAGGUUGAGAGAAGACGUGGCGAGAACUCGUGCUCAGUUACACGAGGAACAACUCAGAGGUCCUGGUCACAGACAUUAUGAGCUAGAGGAAGAAAGACAAAAUAACAGUGAGAGAAAAGAGGAAGAAAAAUAUGCAUCGAAGAGUGACAGUGAGUAUGAAGGCUCCCCCUCUCCCAGCAGACGACGGCGACGUUCUAGACGCUCGACGGUCAGGUUCGCAGAUGACAUGAACAGAGAACUUCACGACUUGAACAGUUCAGUCCGCGAUUUGUCCACCGAUCAGUUUGAACUCAGGGGCCAGUUUAAUAAAGAAGUGGAUAGAAGAGACAGAUAUGACGCUGAUACCAGAAGAACCAUGAAAGAGAUUUCCGAAAACCUGAGGAGACUGCCACAGUCAGACCCUGUUGCAAUGAGAGUUGAGAGUCGUCUGGCUGCCAUACAGAAUGAUAUGAGGGCUGAUCGACAUUUCGGAGAUCGUUACGAUGAGUUGGCAAAUCUAUCUACUGACCUUCGACAUGCUUUACGGGAGCACCAUCACCUACAGCAGUCUGCAGCAGACGAGAGAAUUCGAAGUCAGUAUAUCCAGCAGGAGGCACAAAAACACAGGAUCGAGUCAGAUCUGGAGGUUUUGAAAAGAAAACUGGAUCAAAGUGAAGGAGGAAAAUCAGCUCUUCAAAACCAGGUUGAAGAAUUAAGAAAUCAACUAAAUCGCAUGGAGCAGGAAAGGGCUCGUGUGAAGUUGCAAAUGGAAGAAAAGCAUUACGAAGAAGAACUCAGAGAAAGACGUAGAAAGCGUUCAGUGGAGGAAGAUAAAGACAGAGAAAGGAAAGCCAUGGAGAGAGAAAUCUCAGACUUGAGGGGUCAGUUGUCUCGGGCGAUUAGUGCUAGCAGCGAAGCAGAGGAACUUCGUCGUGGAAUAGAGCGAAGUGAAAGACAGAGAGCUCAACUCUCUGAUCAUAUAGAGACAUUAACAAAGGACUUAGAAAACAGAGAAAAGCAGACAGCCAAGUUGAUCACGCAGCUCAAGGAAGUGUCUGAUAAAUAUGAUGAAUCGGAACGACAGAAAGGACAGUUAAUCGCACAGUUUGACGACACGGCCCAGAGGUUCAAGGACUGUAACAAAGAGUUAGACAGAGUUUCCAAUGAACUCCGAAGUACCCAGCAGGCCCUGCAGGAAAUGGAGAGAAAGAGAGACGAGUUCAAAGGUCGUGCCCAGGAGACUGUCAGACAGUGGAAGUUGAAGGUCAAGCAGUUGGAGCGUGAGGUGGACAGACACAAACAUGGUGCUAAUCAGCUGAUGCAGAGGAAUGAACAGCUGGUGAAAGAGGUCGAAGGUCACCGACAGAACCUCCAUCACACAGGGAUACAGAUGGAGAACAUGAAACGCGAGCUGGGAGAUGCUUUGGCUGUCAGGGCAGCCCAGGAUGAGCAGCUUCGACUUAAGGAUGUGGAAAUCAAUGAGCUGAAGUCGGUGAGGAUGGAUUUAGACAGGGAACUCAGGGAUGUCAGAACGGUAGCCGACAGGCUUGAAAAUGAACUACACACAGUCUCAUCACGCUUGUCAAUGGUGACAGACGACAAGAACAAACUGGAAGAUAAGUUCUCCUCUAUAGAAGCAGCUCAUAUGUUGGCUCAGGAUCAAGCCAAUCAGCUGCAGCAAGAGUUGAAGGAAAUGAGCGCUAUUAAGGCGGAUAUCGCAGCUAAGUUUUCUGAAUCAAACGGCAAAAUCCAUGAUAUGAGACAAAAUUUUAUAGAACUUCAGCACAGAGAAAAGGCAGCAAGAGAGGAGUCAAAGAUGUAUCAAAGGCAACUCAAUGAUGAGAGGGAAAAUCAUCAUGUUGCUCUGGAGGCAGUGAAGCGUGAAUUAAACGAAGCCAAGGUUAGAGAGGCCCAUGUUAUGCAAGAUAUACAGAGGAAGAUGAAGAGAAGUCAUGCAGAGUAUGAGGCUACAAUUCAGGCUCUAAAGAUGGAGCUCUCUGAAGAGAAGUCGGCACAUAAAAUCUCCAAACGCAAUGAAGAAAAGUUCCGACAGGAAGUGGAUAGAUUGGCACAGGAAAUAGCAAGGAGUGAAGAGGACAACCAAAAGUUGGCUAGAAGACUGGAGAUGGCUAGAGAAGAAUUUGAAACUCAGUUCUUCAUAAAGAAAGAAAAGCGAGCCCGCAGCAGGUCGCCUAGACCUUGCAUAAAGUUGCAGCGAAAGAAAACUACACAGAUGGCGGAAACAGAUUUAUCAAGAGUUAAGAAUGUUGAGGAAGAACUUCUCAAAGCUAGAAAUGACAGCAAACGCUUCCAAGCCAACUUUGAAGGACUCAUUCACGAGAUGGUGGCAGAAGUUGAUGCAUUAAUGGAAAUUGCAGCAUCAGGAUCUAAAGAGAAGCAGAAGACAAUAGCGUCAUGCAAAGGUACUUCGAAUGGACCCUCAACAGCUCUCCAAGAAAUUAAGGCCAAAAUGAAAUGGUUACGAGGGGAAGUUCGAGACAGAAUUAAGAUGGAGCAUGCCUUGAAGAAAGAUUUGCAGGAAGCUUUGUCCUGCAAUGAAUCAGAUCGCCAUUUUCUCAUGUCUGAAUUAGCCAAACGAGAUAAUGUUCUGGAUGAACUUUCAUCGGUCAAGCAUGAACUAAGUCAUAGGGAAGUUGAAAAUGUCCAUUGUGUGGAAAAACUGCAGACUCAGAUUUUGGACUUAACUGAUGAACUGGAGCUUCGCAAAAUUCGAGAGGAUGAACUACUGAGACAGCAAGCCAUGGAUAGCAAGCAUGUGAUUGAGGAAAUCGAAGAGCUGAGGGGGGUGCAAGAAGAGAAGGCAAGAAUUGAGCAGAGAUAUGUCAAGCUACAAGAGACAAUGAGAGCCCUACAGACUGAACUCAAAACAGCAAAUUUCUAUGGAGACAAGAUCGAAGAAAUUGAGAAAAACAUGCACAAUUUACGUAAAUCACCACGGAGGAAAAAUCAUGUCCGUAUUCAAGACGGCCCGCCUGUCCGUUCAAGGUCAAGGUCAAAGAGCCCCGGGCGACGGAUGGUGGUGUGCUAGUAUUAACUUACGACGAUUGUUUCAGGUCUAGUCCCUCUCUCCACAUCUCUACCAACACGUUUACCUGUUUGUCAACCAGGUCAAUUUUUUUUUUCAUGAUAAAAAAAAUUUCUUCCUUCCAUGCCAAGAACAAUGAUAGCAUUCCUUUAAAGGCAUUGAGCUGUUUGCAUAGUACAUACAAUUUGUAUGUACAGAGCUUUAUGAGAAAUUCUUAGUUUUUCACUUUAUGGUCUGUAAAUACUACAUGUUUAUUUAUUGUUAAUUGUUUACAAGUGUUUGUAGAAUUUUUUUUUUUAGUAGUUCAAGUAUUAUGUAAAUAGUAAAUGUGUAUAAAGUGCUUUGAAAUACACAGGACUUACAAGAAAGAAUGUUUGGGGUUGAAAUUUUCAUGUUUCAAUGAAAGAAAAAAAUAUUGUUUUAUUUUACAUUUGGAAAUGCAGUGCACAAACUUCAGGUUGUUUUUAUUAUAAAUUAUGGUGUUUUUCGUUGUCUUUUGCAAUGAAAUUUAAAUGUAACCAAUACACCAAUCGAAAUCCAAUUUUUCUAUGUUUUAACUUCUUGUUGCAAAUCCAUUCAGAGGUGCAUUUUGUGUAUAGAUACACAAGUUCGUAGCCUAUGGCAAUACUUUUGUAGUUGUUUGUGACCAUAUUAUUGUCUGUGAUAAAUGCAUUUACAUGUAUUCUACUUAUUGGUACACAAUUACAUUGCCAUGAAAAUUUUACGUUGUAAGUGAACAUGUCAUUUUGUAUUGGAUGUGUUGUCGAAAUAUUUUUGUUUUGAUAAAGAUAAUUUUUUUAAAAAUAUAUAUAUCUUUCAUCUUUAAGAAGUUUUGUAGAAGACUAAAUGAACAUGUAAAUAUAUGUGGACAUGUUUUAAUAAUGUACGGUACAUGUAUGUGAAAUUCAUGCAUUUUCACUCAGUUCUGCCUAUGUAUGUAUGGACUUGUUUCAUUCCAAUUGAUCAACUUUAGGUACAUGUGUACAAAAAAUACAUUAAUUUUGUACAUUUACAAGUAUGUUAGAAGAGAUCUGAAUUUUUUUUUUUAACAUUAUAUUAUUAGAAAAACUUUUACUUCAAAAGAAUAUACUUUAUAUUUAUUUUAUGGAUAUUAUAUUUUCAUAUACACUUAUUUAAUUACAUCUGAAGAUUUGAACUCUAGAUUUGAAGUCAUGCCUUUUAUAUAUAUAUAUAAGUUUGUAUUACUCUGCAUCUAUGAUAUCAAUUAGAUUUUCAUUGAUUUUAAAUUUUUUUUUACCAUUUCCACAUAUUUUUGUUUCUUGUACAGUAAUUGAGAUGAUUUGGAAAAACAGGGGCCUUAAAAGGGUAAAGUUCUUGUAAGGAUGCUGUCUCAAAAUUUUUAACACAAAGUUUGACAAUUGUCUCAGUUUUAACAUGAUACACCCUUAAAAAACCAAACAAAAACAUACAAGCACAUGUUCAAUGUACAAGGAAAACAACUAUGUACAAGAGUUUAAUUUCUGCAGCCAGUCUUACUUAUUUUGAUUAAUAGAGUACAUGUAUUACAAUUCCAGCAGCAACAAGUUUUUUUACAUCAUGUAUUCAGUGUGGAAUGAAAGUAGUGUGAGCAAAUAAUUUGUGAUAAAAUUAUUUCAUUGAAAAAUCAAAUCCAAAUUGUCAUUUAUUUAUUUAUGAAUAAAAUGACAUAGAAAU